AAUCUCGGGGACGCGCUGCCAGAGGAGAUUCGGGAUCUGGCGCUGCGAGAAGCGCAGUGGACUUUUGAAUCAGCUGUGCAAGAGAAUGUAAGCAUUAAUGGGCAAGCGUGGCAGGAAGCUUCAGAUACUUCUAUGGAUUCAGAUAUCAAAGUACUUGAAGAUCAGUUUGAUGAAAUCAUAGUAGAUUUGGCCACAAAACGUAAGCAGUAUCCCAGAAAGAUUCUUGAAUGUGUCGUCAAAAUAAUAAAAGAAAAACAAGAAAUUCUGAAGCGGUACCAUCCUGUUGUACAUCCACUGCACCUAAAAUAUGACCCUGAUCCAGUCCUUGCCUGCACUAAUUGAACAAGGAAAUGGAUUUUCCCAAGUUUUAAAGAUGCAGCCUAUUAUCCAGCUCCAGAGAGUCCACCAAGAAGUCUUUUCUGGUUGUUAUGGGAAACCAGAUGUCAAACCAGAGAGCUUUGUAACACAAAUAGAAACCACACCAACAGAGACUUCCACCAGAAACACCACUGACCUGGUACUGAAAAGAAAGCAAGCUAAAGACUGCCCCCAGAGAAAAUGGUAUCCAUUGCGGCCAAAGAGAAUUAAUCUUGAUACAUAAGCUUUUUUUUGUUCCUUCGGAGUUGAAAUUAGGCACUAUCAACAUUUAGAUUAUACCUCAAUGUAUGGCAGGACCUCAUUUAAAACAAUAAACAACUCUUUAGUGAUUCCUUUAUACAAAUAUAGUAGCUCCAUGCUGGGAUAUGAUGUAAUGUUGUUGUAUUUCUUCUAUAGUUGAUGAAAAGCAUAUUUUAAAACCAUUGGCACAAGCCCAUCAAUGCACAUUAAGACUGUAGACUUUUACUGUCCUUAAAUGUUAUCACCUCUUACCUGUCUUCUAGAUUUUAUGGAAUUUCACCAGUCACAUAUUCUGUUGGGUUUUCGGGAUAUAUGUCUUUCUUAGAAAAAACACUGUGUAACAGUUGUCUUUAUUUAAGUGCUGAAAGUAACCGUCCAUUCUGCCCAGGAGCGGAUGCAGUUGUUUUUUGGUUUUUUUCGUUGCAGUUUGACUUAUCAGAUUAAUGUGCAGAUGACAAGACUGGCUUUGACUUUGUUACUCCAAGUUCAGCUAAUAUGGAUUUGAGGGAUUAGUUUUAGGAAUUUUUUUGUUUUUGUUUUGCUUUGUAAGACAAGACUAUUAUUUGUGAGAGACUUUGUCUUGGAAAUAAAAAAGGCAUGUAGCUAAUGGUUCUUGCCCACACUUUUGUUUUCAAUAGACCUUUUAACUUCUAAACAUAUUUGAUAGGCUGUUUUCAAGAUUUCUCAUUUCUUUGCAGACAAUUCUGGUUCACAAAUAUAUAUUAGAUUAACCCAUUAACAAAUUGUCAUUGUGGAACAAGGAUAGAUGCAAUCAUACUGAACUUUUUUACAUUUAGGGAUGUUUAUAUAUCAAGGAUAUAAUAAUCAUUGCUAGAAGUCUGAGGAAGUUAUUUAUAUUAGUUGUACGUACAACAUUUAACUACAGUUUCUUCUAGCUUUUAUUGUGUCCCUUACUCACACUAAUACAAUGUAGGCAGGGGCAACUGUUCCCCCAUUUGAUGACUGUAUACUUUCAUUCAUUUGCAGAGAAAUUUACUGAUCAUGAGGUUGGAAAAUCUGUACUUGCUCAUUAUGUCUUAAUAAUUUUAAAUGUCUAAAUGUGGCAGAAAGUCUGUCUUGGUGAAGAAAAUUUGCAAAGCCACUUUAGUGCAUUCUGUAUUUUAAAUUUGAGAUUUGUAUGUUUGUAUACAACAUUGUGUUUUUUAUUAAAGUGAUGUACAAAGA